AUGUCGUCUCGCCCAAAGUUCAAACGUCCACGGCACACAUUCGUGGCGGACCCACUCAGAGCGCCGCCUGCGUAUCGUGAUAUCCUCUCCGUCGAACUUUGGCAUGAGGUCUUCUCCCACUGCCUUCCGCUCACGCUUUUCGCCGUCCGCAACACUUGCCAAUUGUUUCGCGACAUCGUCCAGCGUCACGAUGGUGUUCUUCUCGCUCGCGCGCCUCUUCUGCUUCCCUAUCGACCUCCCGAUCCUCGCAGACUUAUGCGAUUUACUCACGAUCCUGAUAAAUAUCGGGCCUUGGGCGAACGCUUUGGCAUAACCAAUCCAUGGCCAAGUCGAGGAACGUUUGGCAGCGCAACAUACACGGAGCUGUUGUUCUUGCCAGGAAAAUGCUUUAUAUGUAAAGGGCGAGCGGAAGGCCCUCCAACAUGGAUCACCCACAUGAUCUACAUAUGCUCGCGACGCUGCCGCGUGGAAAUGUUCCGUACCAAGGUCGUGUAUCUGAUACCCAAGAAAGGCAAUCUCCCCAGCCCGACCUUCCCGAUGGAUCGAUAUAUCGUACCCUCUCUUACAAAUCUGGUCAUGACAAAGGCAUGGUCGAAGGCUCCGAAGAAGCUCGCCGUAUUGCGUAGUGAUUUGAAGAAGGCGAGAAGGGAAUACCGGCGACGGGUCAUUGCUCCAUCAACGGCAGAAGAGCGCAAACGUGGCCAAGUAGCUCUCUUUGCAGAAUACCAUUCCCGCCGUCAUAGAGCCCGAGCUCUUAUGCUGAUGGACGACUACAUCGACUUAUGGCGUGGGAAGAUGGACCACGCGUACAAGCAGACGUUGAAAAGAAACAAGGCCUUGUACAUCUCCUCAUCUCCUAUCACUGUCUGCUGGCUGAUGGAAGACAGACUCCGCAAAUUUGCGUCCAAUCGUAGCAUACCCUUCGCAGAAGCCUUCGGUAAUAGCGAGAUACAACGCAUCCUGCUUGCAUGCUCGCGCGAGUUCGGCCGCAUCACGCCAUCCAUCCUCAGUGAUGCGGGUCUGGUUGGACGGGAUUCCAAGGACACAAAAUGUGCCCAUUGCGGCGAAUGGGUGUCGAGAUGUCGUUUGGACUACCACAUAGCCAAUAGUCAUCCCACCGAACUCCGGCAAGAGCGAAUCAAUCCUACGACGGGGAAGGCAGAGUACCGGUGCGGGUUUUGUGAGAAACGCUCGUUGAGAUGGUUUUCCGCGCAGUCAUUGCGGGAGCACCAACAGGAUAGACAUAAUGUACGCGAAGCGGAGGAAGAAUGGCGCCCAUCUGGGGCGGUACUAUGA